GUGUGUAUCAUACUGCGAACAAAAUCGGAAUAGGGAGAGAAGCCGGAGAGGACAGAUACCGAUACAGUGGGGGGAAAUGAGCGGGGUAGGGAAGAAGGUUGCCGACGUUGCGUUCAAGGCCGGAAAGACAAUUGAUUGGGAAGGAAUGGCGAAGCUUCUCGUCUCCGAUGAGGCUCGCAAGGAGUUCGGUUCCCUCCGCCGCGCCUUCGACGAUGUUAAUUCCCAGCUUCAGACCAAGUUCAGCCAGGAACCUGAACCAAUAGACUGGGAAUAUUACAGAAAGGGACUUGGUUCUCGCCUGGUAGAUAUGUACAAGGAGGCAUAUGAGAGCAUUGAAAUCCCUAAAUAUGUAGACACUGUCACUCCCCAGUAUAAGCCAAAGUUUGAUGCCUUGCUGGUAGAGCUGAAAGAAGCAGAGGCAAAAUCACUCAAGGAGUCUGAAAGACUAGAAAAAGAAAUUGCUGAUGUCCAAGAGUUGAAGAAAAAGCUCAGCACAAUGACAGCGGAUGAGUACUUUGCUAAGCAUCCAGAGCUAAAGAAGAAGUUUGACGAUGAAAUUCGGAAUGAUUACUGGGGGUACUAGUCAGUCAUCUCAUGAUGGAACUGCUUUUGGCACGUCUUAGUGAUCUUCUAUUCAGUUCAUGUCUGGUUUAUAUAUUACAUAUAUGCAAGAGAGAGAACUCUUCGGUUCCUGAUCUUUUCUCAUUAAAAUUAUUUCCUUGCUCUUGACAAGUUGUAUUUCUUAAUUUUAAAACCCCAAUUUGGCAGUGCUAUGCUGCUACUUGCUUUAUCCAGCUUCAGAUUUUUGCUGCUAGUCACUGCUAGUUAAGGGGACCUAACCUAUGGUUGAAUAUAAUAAAAGGCUGAGAUUAAAAGUUCUCAUUAUAAGUUCUCAUUUUAAGAAAGGUCUUAAGUAGAAGCCUCCCAGAACCUUCCCCUAUAUAUAUAGGUGGCGUGUCCAAAUUCACUGAAGAAGAAACAUCCUAAAAGUCCUGGAGAAUAAAUUGUUCCCCAUACGAGCUCUCAUACCUUAUUACCACCUUAUCUUCCUUUUACCCAGAUUCUUCUCAAAAAAAGGUAAGGGCAUCUUUAAAAUGGUAUAUAUUCCACAUUUACUUGCAUCCAUAUCUAACUAUCUAGACAUUGUUCAAUGCACGGUCACUACUCACUAGUCACUACGUCCACUAGAUGGUGGGUUCUGUGUAUCUGAAGAUAGGAUUUUCUGAUAUUGUGAUUUCAUCCGUGUUUAGUUUUGGACCUUUGUUAGACAUUUGGUGAAAGUUCUUUCACAUGUGUUUUUAG